GGGUUUUGACUCUCGGCGUUGUGGACUCUCCGUUUGGCGCGCUUUUUUCCGAGGUGCGGAUUGGACACGAAAAGAAAAGGGUGUUCGUGUGUGUCGGUGCCAGUGAAUUAAUAGCAAUUUUCUUUUACUGAUUUGAAAAAAAAACCUUCAAACUGCGUCGGUUCUCCAGCUCUUUCACCCGAUGGAAUUCACAACGGUCUCCACGGCGUCGGCCAUCGCAACCACGCUGACCACUAAAAGCUACGACUACUUUGACCCGACGGUUUUCCCUGGCCCGGACGACGACUUAGAUGACAUCGACGACCGCUGGCCCACGUGGGUCAGUCUGAUGCCUGGCGUGGCGCUGCUGUCUCUCACGCUGGCCGUCGUGUGGUUUGUGGCCAGCCGGCCCGGAGCAAGACGCAUACGCCUCUGCAACCGUCGGGUCGAACCGAACUCCUCGACGCCGCUGCUGCACCACUGCGACCACCUGCAGGCCUGUGACUGCGAGGCCGAGCUGGUGAGGUACUGCAAGUGCCCCGUGUGAAGCCGCUCUCCAACGCCAUCUGUCGUCUGUGUUGGAAACCAUGCCUCGUGUUGCUGUGCAGAUGUCGUGGAUGUAGUCUGAGGGAUACGUACUUACGCAUCACUGCAUUUCCCUAUUAUCAUUUUUUGUUAUUCUUGUAGGAUCCAUACACUUAGUUGUAGUUCAUGCAGAAAAAACAAUUUGUAUCAAUUUACGGAUGGAAAUAGUUAUUCAAAUUACAUGGCUAUUAACUGUGUUUUAUGAAAUUUCUACGUCUAAUUGUUACGAUCAUUAUGCAUGCACCUUUUGUACAUAACAUGCAAUAAUGUCAACAUUGCAGAUUCAGUCACAAGCAAUAAAGUGUAUUUGCCUCAA